AAGAGAAGGACAAAGGGCACCGAAAUUCAGGCUUCGUAACGAAGAAGCGUACGAAAGCUUGAGAUUGACCACCAUUGGGAUAACAAUUUUUAAUUUUAAACCUUAAACAAAAUGACACAGUUUCUUCCACCUAAUUUGUUAGCACACUUUGCGCCGCGUGAUCCAAUUCCAUAUUUACCACCUGUGGAUAAAUUGCCGUAUGAGAAGAAAACUGCUGGUUAUACUGGUAUUGCUUCUUUCGUAAAUCAGUUUGAAGAUCCUAAGAAUACUCCACCUCCACUGCGCAUUGAAACAAGAGAAGAAAGACAAGAAAGAAAACGAAAAGAAAAAGCUGAACAGGUAGCUUACAAAUUAGAGCAAGAUAUAGCAUUAUGGAGCCCUGCUGGUAAUCCUGCUGCUACAACUGAUCCUUACAAAACAUUAUUUGUUGCUCGAGUAAAUUAUGACACUUCUGAAUCAAAACUUAGAAGAGAAUUUGAAAUUUAUGGACAUAUAAAAAAGAUUGUAAUUGUUCAUGAUAAAAAUACAGGGAAACCAAGAGGAUAUGCAUUCAUUGAGUAUGAACGUGAGAGGGACAUGCAUUCUGCUUACAAACAUGCUGAUGGCAAAAAAAUUGAUGGAAGACGAGUCCUUGUUGAUGUGGAAAGAGGAAGAACUGUAAAAGGCUGGUUACCGAGGAGAUUAGGCGGUGGAUUGGGUGGGACCAGAAGAGGUGGACCGGAAGUGAAUGUCAAGCAUUCCGGAAGGGAAGAACCCCGAUUAGAAGAACGCUAUUUAGAUAGAGAGAGACCAGAAAGACCAGAGCGUCGACGCAGUCGUAGCAGAAGCCGUGAAAGGAGGAGGAGGAGUCGUAGUAGGAGUCGUGAACGUCAUCGUGCAGAAAGACAUAAAAGAGAUAGAUCUCGUGAUCGGGUUCGAGAUAGGGAAACUGGACCAGUGUUUGAAAAGGUAGAGCCUAAUGCGGAUGUUGUUGGAGAUGCAGUACCAGAAGUUGAUGCUCGUAAAGAGCGGCGUAGGAGUAGGAGCCGUGACAGAGAUCGUAAAAGGCGUCGCAGCCGAAGUCGAGACAGAGAUCGUAAACGGCGUGACUAUGACAGAGAUCGAGAGAGUAGGAGAGAGCGUGGUGGACGUGAUCAAGAUGAAAGAAUCAAAGAAGAGCCUGUAGCACCACCUGAAACAAGUCAGGAUGGAUUCAAUAAUAGUGGAUUUGAUGGAGAAUACAAUUACAAUAAUAAUAGUAACAUGGAACCAGCAGCUUAUGAAGGAUACUAAAUUUUAGAUCUUUAUAUUCAUUUUGAAAGGAGCAGUAACUCUUUAAUCAUAAGCCAGAUAAUCAUUUAAAAUGUUCCAUUUAUAUUUUUUUCCCAGGUAAUUGCAAUCAUUUUUCCCCCCAUACCUCAUUUUCUGUAUAAUAUUGUGACUUCUUGUCUAGCUUAUGAGCUGUGUCUGAAACAGUACAAUCUUUGUUUUCCAGAUUAUGCCCAUAUUUAUAAAAUAUUUUGAAAAAAAAAAAUAUUGUUAUUUAAACAUCCAGUUGUGCACUUUUCUUAAAUAUGACAUGUUUUCUCUUAAGUAUUAGCUGAGAAUUCAAAUUUAGAGAAAUAUCCAAUGCCUUCAUUAACAACAAACAUUAAUCUUGUUGCAAUAAUUAGUUGUGUUUCUUGCAAAAUCAUCUAAGCUUUAUAAAUAGUACAUUCCGAAGUUAUUAAUUUUCUGACCAAAAAAAGUGUUUAAAAUUACUUUCCGAAUUUUUUAAAAAAGAAGAAGAAUUAGCAUUUAUGCUAAUUUUGGUAUUUUUUAAUAAUUUUGAAAUAAAACUUUAAAAUUUGAAUAAUUUUUCAUUCUGGUCUUAACAAUACUUGCAUGUAGCAUGCCAAAUCUGAGGAUCUAGAUAUAUGGGUGUUUUAGCUUCUAAAAUAUAUCAAAUAAAGCAUAUGCGUCAUCUUCCUUGAAGUUAGUUUUAAUAGAAAUAGGGAAAUUUUUAUUUGUGAGAUUUUUGUUAGUGAUACUCUUAAAACUGUUUCAAGAAUUAUUCAUAUGAUGUCUUUCAGGUAAGAAAUAUGGUUAAAAAUUCAAAAUUGUGUAAUGAAAGAAAACUUGAUUAAUAAAAGGCUUAAAUUUGAGGUAAUGAAAUA